AUGAAGGACCUGCUUGGGGCACACUUGUCGCUUCCUGUUGAGCAGCACAUUUCAAAGCUGGAGGCGCGCCUAUCCACGAUUAUUCUCGAACAAAAGGAGCUCUUUCAGGAGCCCGAUGUGCUGACCGAAAUCCGAACGUGCAAAACACAGCCCCACGAUGGAUUGGAGGCCGUUUUUUCCAAACUACAACAGGAAUCAACGAGUCUCAGUGAAAACAUCCGAAAUAUCCAGAGUGCAAUUGUUGACCUUGAGCGUCAAAAGGCUCAAGUGGACGGAUAUGCGUUUUUGGAUGAGGCCUUGGAAUCUUUGAUUGACGUGAUCGAAAAUGUUCCGAGCAUUUCGUUCCCCAUUGCACGUUCACGGCUUUCGGAGAGCAUGAAAAUCCUUGUGCAAUCAAAAAAAGCCAUUCAUCGACUUGGGGAGUGCAAGUAUUUGUCGCCUGCCAUUGCAAAGAUGACAACUUGCAUUGAAUCGUUGGAAAGGUUUUUGCUAUUUGAACCGCAAUUAGCGGAAGAGCCUCUUGAAGAUUUCGUGUCGUGGUACCAAAAUGUAACCUGUAAUUGCGCUAGCAUUUUGCUUUUGGAGCACAGUUUCAUUCCCUUUUCUAACCAAAAGAGGUUUGUGCUUGAGAUGAAAGACCAAAUCGAAUCUGCUUCUUUGGUCGAAUUGAUCACCAAGCUUUGCACAUGUUGUGAAAACUCGCUUUCAAACAUAAAGUUCAUCCAGCUUUGGAUCCAAAAGACGCUGUCCAAAGCCGGUGAUGAUUUUGCUGACCAUGAUCAUGCGACGGCAGAAAAGUACGCGUCGCUUUUGAUGGAGACCUCGCUUGCCUUGGAUGGCAGAAAAAAGGAUCUUAUCCACAUCAUAUCGUCAAAACUGGACGAUGUUUUCAUUGAGGAGGAUAAAAUCCCCUUUUUCUCUACCCUUAUCGCUUACCAGCAAAAGCAAUGCCAAUUGUUGAAAAGCAGUUUGCUGGUCAUCCAAGAGGAUCACAUCCCGUCCAUAAUACAAAAGAUUUGGAGCUUUUCAGAGCUGUUCCGCAAGAACUACAUUAGCUGGGAUAUUCUGGGCAUCCCAAUAUCCAAUUCGCAAUCGGGAUCGGUGUCUUUCGAUCCCGUUCGCUCAUCCCUUUUAUCUUCAUUUUCCAGUUUUGAGGUAUCCGUCAAAGAUUCGAUUAAACUAACCUCAAACGCAUCCAUUAAUGGUGCUUCUGGCUGGAAGCCUGGCGAUGCGAUGGAACCCACGUUGGCAAAGGUGAUCUUUCAGGAGGCUACCAAUUGGCAUUUGGUGGUGUCUUCAAAAAACGAAAAUCCAGUGCUUAACAUCCCAAUUUUCAUCAUCAAUGGCUGCCAUAUUUGCUAUUUGCUUAACAUCUUUAUUGCGCUGGCCGUUGGGGAGUAUUUCCCUCCUUCUUUCAUCUUUUCCGCAAAAAGGUCCAAAGAGUCUAUGUCGUUCCCAAGAAUAUUGCUUCCAUCAACAAGUUCAAUUCAAGAAGCCAUCAAUGCAGCAUCUUCGCUUCCAGAUGUGAUCCUUAAUGAAUUGGUUUGCGUUCGCAUUUUCCCUGUAAAGUCUUGGCUUCCUUCGGCCAUUAAAAAGGCAAAAUGGAAGCAAUCGGAAGUUG